CUCUCUUCCAACAAACUUUCUUCCUCUUACCUUUAAUUAUCUUUUCUUCACCUCCCUUCUUCCCCCCCCCCAUACAUCAUACUCUCCGCAAUAGCUCUCUUUCUUGAGUGUUUUGUGUCUUAAACUCUCUACUGUCCCACUUUCCGCUUAAUACUUACCCCUCCUCCUUUACACAUUCACCAUGGCUGCCCGUCCUCAGAACAUUGGUAUCAAGGCCAUUGAGGUCUACUUCCCUCGUCAGUGUGUCGACCAGAGCGAGCUCGAGAAGUUCGAUGGCGUGAGCGAAGGCAAAUACACCAUUGGCCUUGGUCAGACCAAGAUGAGCUUCUGUGAUGACCGUGAAGACAUCUACUCCAUUGCCCUGACCACCUUCUCCUCCCUUCUUCGCAAGUACAACAUCGACCCCAACUCCAUUGGCCGUCUGGAGGUCGGUACCGAGACCUUGCUGGACAAGUCCAAGUCCGUCAAGUCCGUCCUGAUGCAGCUUUUGGCUCCUCACGGAAACACCAACGUCGAGGGUGUUGACAACGUCAAUGCUUGCUACGGUGGCACCAACGCUGUUUUCAACAGCAUCAACUGGCUCGAGUCCUCUGCUUGGGAUGGCAGAGAUGCCGUCGUUGUUUGCGGUGACAUUGCCCUGUACGCCGAGGGUGCUGCUCGCCCUACCGGUGGUGCUGGCUGUGUCGCCAUGCUGAUCGGUCCCGACGCCCCUAUUGUGUUCGAGCCUGGUCUCCGUGCCUCCUACGUCACCCACGCCUACGACUUCUUCAAGCCCGACCUGACCAGCGAGUACCCCGUCGUGGACGGCCACUUCUCCCUCAGAUGCUACACCGAGGCUGUCGACGCCUGCUACAAGGCCUACAAUGCUCGUGAGAAGACCCUGAAGGAGAAGGUCCAGAACGGUACCAACGGCACCGCCCAGGACGAUUCCAAGACUGCCUUGGACCGUUUUGACUACCUCUGCUACCACGCCCCCACCUGCAAGCUCGUGCAGAAGUCCUUCGCUCGUAUGCUGUACAACGACUACCUCACCAACCCCACUCACCCUGCUUUCGCCGAAGUGGCUCCUGAGCUCCGUGAUCUGGACUACGCCACUUCUCUCACUGACAAGAACGUGGAGAAGACCUUCAUGGGUCUGACCAAGAAGCGCUUCGCUGAGCGCGUCAAGCCCGCUCUUGAGGUUGCCACUCUCUGCGGUAACAUGUAUACUGCCACUGUUUGGGCUGGUCUGGCUAGCUUGAUCUCCCACGUUCCCUUCGAUGCUAGCGAGUCCAAGCGCAUCGGUCUCUUCUCCUACGGCAGUGGUCUUGCCAGCUCCCUGCUUAGCGUGAAGAUUGUCGGCGACGUGUCCAACCUGGUGGAGAAGCUUGAUCUCAAGAACCGCCUUAGCAACCGCAACGUUCUUCCUCCUCAGUCCUACGUUGAUAUGUGUGCCCUCCGUGAGCACGCUCACCUCAAGAAGAACUUCAAGCCUUCUGGCAGCACCGAGACUCUCUACCCUGGUACCUACUACUUGACUGAGGUGGACGACAUGUUCCGCCGCAAGUACGACGUUAAGGCAUGAAUUAUGACGAGCAUAUGAUGGACUUGCUUUCGACCUUGCUUCUUUGGACAUGACCGGUUGCUUAGACGGUUUUACUAGAUUCCCUUCAGCAUGCGCAAUUGUUUAUUUGUGGUUCGCCUUAAUAGAGCUUGGGGGCAGCGAAAUGCUCCUACCAAUUCCCGGGUCUGCUUUUCUCCUUUAUAUUGGUUCUUAAUGUUUCAUACGUUGUUCAUGUAUCCUCCCAGUGAGGAGACCUUCUCUUGUCCAGACAGGAGCUGGAAUGCAAUUAUAUACGACGAUGACCAAUAAUUCUAGACUCAUCAGGAGUCGUUCGAGGACAACG